AUGGAUUAUCUUUACAGAAGUCAAAAAAGUCGUAAUUUACCAGCCAACAAUAAUUCGCACAAAAAAAUGGGACCCAUCCAACGAGUGAUCCCACGAUUUCCCCCCGUUUUAACUGCCGAAUCAAUACUUGAUAAAGCGAUUUGGAAACUGAAAAAUUUUAGACAGGGUUCAAGAGUACCUAACGCAUUUAUUGCCUAUAGGAUGGCUGUUUGUCAUGAGCUUAAAUUGUUAAAUCGUCGUGCCAUGACUCAGCCACAACUCUCUUCGAUGGCGAAAGCCUCUUGGGCUGAAGAGCCAGAAUAUGUCCGAAAAGAAUAUCAACGUAUUUCAUCGGAAGCACGAGAGUUAUACAGAAAUAUAUAUCAGAUAUACAUGCCAUCUGCUGAUUUAGAGAAAAAAAAUCAAUCUUCGAAUUCUCCUAUUAGUCAAAAUAGUAUGCAGAAUAAUCAACAAGAAGAUAGCAUUAAAGAAGGAAGCGCAAUUUGGCCAUCUUAUGAAAAUUCAGAAAUCGAUAUCACAUACUUAAACUCAUCGCCUGACAUGUAUUAUAACGAUGACCGAUUCCAAGAAGAAACAAUAAAUUCUACAAAUCAGAUCAGUCGUUUACAAAAUCUCGGGAGCUAUACAUUUCAGGAUUCCCAAUCUUUUUCCACUUCACCCACCUCAGAGAAUUUUAUCAUUUCUUCACAAACAGUUAAUGACGUUCAUGCAGAAUUCGAGAUAGAAGGUUCCGUUCAUAAUUCUCCAACCAUGUUUAAUUAUUGUCUAAACGAUCCUUUUAAUGAAUCUCAAACGAAUUUUCAAUUACAACCGAAUUUUGAGUCUCAGAUAAAUUUUGAAUUACAAGCACAAAAUUUUCCUCAGCAUUCGGAGUUUGUUAGUUGCAAGCAAUGUGACGAAUAUAAACAAACAUUGAUUUCAAUGCAAAAUCGACUUGAAUAUUUGGAACAGAAGUUAGCAAACUUAACGAACCCAUUCGAAGUGAACUAUUGA